AUGAUAACAGCAUAUGCCAGAAACGGGCAUCUGAACGAAGCCAGGGCGGUGUUUGACGCAAUGCCGAUCGAGAAGAAAAGCAUAGCUUCGUGGACGGCAAUGCUCCAGGGCUACACCCAAAACUCCCGGAUCGAUCAGGCCCUCGAUUUCUUUCAGACGUUCCCGGCCCACAACGUGGUGUCCAUCACCGCCAUGGUGUCGGCGCUCGCGAGCCACGGCCGUGGCGACGAGGCCGAGAUGCUGUUCUUAUCCAUGCCCGCGAGAAAUUUGCUCUCCUGGACUGUGAUGAUCCAGGCCUACUCCAAGCAGCAGCGCAUCGAUCGCGUCCGCGAGCUCUUUAAGUCGAUGCCCGAGAGGGAUCUCAUAAGCUCCACGGCGGCGCUCCAGGCAUUCUCCCGCGGUGGCGAUCUCGACUCUGCCAAGCGCGUGUUUGAUUCCAUGCCCGAGCACAACACCAUGUCGUGGGGAUCAAUGGUGGUGGCGCUCGCGGAGCGGCGGCGGCUCGAGGAGGCGGCGCUGCUCCUGGAAGCUAUGCCUGGCGAGAAGAGCGUGGUGGGGGCAACAGCGCUAUUCCAGGCGUAUGCCCGGGAUGGGCAUCUAUGCGAGGCUGAGAUGAUCUUCCGCGAGAUGGGUGAUCGCGACACCAUCGCCCAUAAUGCGAUGCUCCAGGUCUACGCGCAGCACGGCCAGAUGGGCGACGCCAUUGCGGAGUUUCAAUCCAUGGCGUGGCGAAGCUCCUCGUCAUGGAACGCGAUGCUCUCGGCGUAUGCCCAGCACGGGCAUGUGGAUCACGCGGCGGGUUUCUUCGCGGCUAUGCCAAUCAGGAGCUCUCCCGUGGCGUGGAACGCCAUGAUCGCGGCGUAUAGACGCAACGGCAAGGACGAACGGGCGAUUUCCUCCUUCUGGGCGAUGAUCCUCGAGGGGAUCCCGUGCGAUGCGUCGACCAUCGCGAGCGUUCUUGGGAGCUGCAGUCACGCGGGGAGAUUUGCCGAGGCGUGGAACUUGUUCCUGGCAAUGAAGAAGGACUUUGGCGUGGAUCCAUCACACGAGCACUACUCGUGUGUGGCGGACGUUCUCGGGAGAUCUGGACUGGUGAGAGACGCCGAGGAGCUCAUCAAGACAAUGCCAUUCGUUCCAGAUGAGCGUGGCUGCGGUGGAUUGCUCAAUGCUUGUAGAGUUCAUAGGGAUUUGGAGAGAGGAGCAAAGGUGGCGAUGAAUGAGUUUAAAAGUGAGAGGAGCGAGCCUGUAAGUUACAUGCUUCUUGCAAACUUGGUUACUGCUAAGAUACCAAGUUUGGCUUCUGAUUCAAAAUAG